GUUCCAGAUUACAGAACCGCGAUAGGUGAUGGGAGAGGAAUCCCAUACUACAUUCAACCAGUUUUCACCUCUACUGAUUCUACUGAAUGAUUCCUUUAAGAGCAGACAGGACUCUUAGUAAGCCUCACCGCUGCUCAAGUCUGGCCUACUCAGUCUCCAGUCCCUGCCUACCACUGGUCUUCCAGCCGGGCGGCUCAGCCCCGGGGCCUCAGCCUCUACCCUAGGAAAGGAAGGUAGUGCUCCUCUGCAGGCGUCCGAAAGUCGCACCGGUUUGGCCAGUCCGGCCACCUCAGCGCCCUCAGGGGAGCGCGGGCCUUGCCGCCACCGGAAACGGAAGCGCAGGACAGCAGGACCAUGGCGACGCUGUUUGACCUCCCAGACUUGGUGCUCUUGGAGAUCUUCUCAUACCUCCCGGUCCGGGACCGGAUCCGCAUCUCCAGGGUCUGUCACCGCUGGAAGAAGCUAGUGGACGACCGGUGGUUGUGGCGACAUGUCGACCUGACGCUCUACACGAUGCGUCCGAAAGUCAUGUGGCACCUUCUGCGCCGAUACAUGGCGUCCAGGCUGCACUCGCUGCGCAUGGGUGGCUACCUGUUCUCUGGCUCUCAGGCCCCACAGCUGUCCCCGGCCUUGAUGCGGGCCCUGGGCCAGAAGUGCCCCAACCUGAAGCGCCUGUGCCUGCACGUGGCUGACCUGAGCAUGGUGCCUAUCACCAGCCUGCCCAGCACGCUGAGGACCCUGGAGCUGCACAGCUGCGAGAUCUCGAUGAUCUGGCUGCAGAAGGAGCAGGAUCCCACAGUGCUGCCACUGCUGGAAUGCAUCGUGCUGGACCGAGUGCCAGCCUUCCGGGAUGAGCACCUGCAGGGCCUCACCCGCUUCCGAGCCUUGCGCUCGCUGGUGCUGGGCGGCACCUACCGGGUCACCGAGACCGGGCUAGAUGCCAGCCUCCAGGAGCUCAGCUACCUGCAGAGACUGGAGGUGCUGGGCUGUACCCUGUCAGCCGACAGCACCCUGCUGGCCAUCAGCCGCCACCUCCGAGAUGUGCGUAAGAUUCGGCUGACCGUUGGAGGCCUCUCAGCUCAAGGCCUGGUCUUCCUGGAAGGAAUGCCUGCCCUGGAGAGUUUGUGCUUCCAGGGACCCCUCAUCACCCCAGAAAUGCCUACACCUGCUCAGAUUGUGUCCUCUUGCCUCACCAUGCCUAAACUCAGAGUGCUUGAGGUGCAAGGGCUGGGCUGGGAGGGCCAGGAGGCAGAGAAGGUCCUGUGCAAGGGCCUACCCCACUGCAUGGUUAUUGUCAGGGCCUGUCCCAAAGAAUCCAUGGAUUGGUGGAUGUGAAGGUACCACCCAUCCAUCCCUGGGAUCUAUCUAGCUUUUAAAGUUGACCUUCUCAGCAGCAAACUGAAGCAUGUACAUUAAUCAGGCUUGAGGAAACUGGAGGUCACAAGGAAAAGAAGCCAGGACCUUGGGGCCUGCAGAGCUGGGGUUUUCUGUCAUCUGGAUGUCCUCAGCCUUGUCACCCGGUCUCUGGGAGGCCCAGUUCACACAUUUAGGAACAGGCAUCAUUGCUACCUCAUGAUUCAUUUGCAUAUCUUUACCCUCCACCCUUCCCCCCAGUACCUGGGGAUCAAACCCACGGCCUUAGGUACAUUAGGCCAGCACUACUGUGCUCCUGAGCAACACUUGGAGUCCUGGAUAGCCUUCAUCUCUAAAGGACCCCAGAAGACCACUACAGAGGGGCCGUUUUCAGGGUGCAGGUGGGCAGAGUUCAGGGCUCUGAGGUCUGCCUGGUUGUCUGCCAGAUGCUUGGGAAAUGAGGUCAGGGGGCAAGGAAGACAAGCUUUUGAAUUGUCCUAGUGUUCAAAAGGAUUCUCAAUGGUAUUUUCUGUAUUUUGUAUCCUGCCUUUUCCAAGUUUUCUACAGUAUAUAGUAUUUUACUAUUAAAGAAAAAUAAUGUUUUUUCAAA